AUGCCAAUCGAACCAAUAACGAUCCCAAACUCGCCCCGUACUCCCUCAGCAUUACUAUCCUCUUUGAUCCUCUCACCUCGGCCUCAAGAAGGUAUAAGCGGAAUGACCAUCCCUCAAUCCCUGAUGGAAAUGCUAUCUCCUAUAUUACCUUCUUCGUCAUUCCCUUUCGGUGAUACUUCUCCUUCCAAUGGGAAUGGGGAUGAUAACGGGAUUGACUCACCGAAUUUUCCAUUACCUCUUUCUCCUUCACCUUCUCGCUCACAUGCAACGAGAGGUUCAAGGAGAGGGAGAGGAGGCCCGCAGAAAUAUAGAUCAUUAACUUCCAAGGAAUCGAAACAACUUGCUGAGAUCUUACUUUCCACCUUCAAACCCCACAAAAGAAAUCAAAAGGAACUAAUGCGAGUUUCGAUAGAUUUGGCAUCGAAAUUGGAUGACUGUGGGAUAAAAUGGGAUAAACAGAGACGAGUCAUGGGUAUCCAUUUGAGGGGGUUGUUUGAGAUGGGAAUGAAGAUGAGAGAUGAAAAAGCAAUGGACAUGUACGUCCAAGGUUCUUUCGUAACUACAGCCGAGACUCCCCACCCGUUAGAUCCUCAUCCAUUACCUAUUCCACUAUCUCACCCUACUCAAUCUCAACCAAGUUCAGCACCUAAACAUACCAUCCAAGCAGGUCUGUUAUCGGCUUUACCAAUCAACAUCGACUCGUCUCCAUCUCGCACAUCAAGACAUUCACAGAAUCCUUCGAUCAACUCUAUCAAAUCGAUCCUUACUCGACCUGUAAAUGGCAUUUCUGCUGUCAACUCACCUAGCCAGCCCCAAAGUAUACUAAGUCCAUCAACUCACGGCAGAACUACUAGCAAUCACACUAACAUAGCUGGACCAACUAUGAGAUCGCCUGUUUUCGCCAUGCCAUCAUCAUCGCAAUACUCCUCAUUCGGUCAGAUCCGACCGGGAUUUGAACUUCACGAAGGUCUACGGGUCGACGCCAAAUUAAUAGAGAGGGAGAGGAAGAUUCAAAAAUGGAGAGAGAGGAAGAAGAGGGUAGGUUUGAGGAUAAGGGUUGACAAUCAUAAAUCACAUCAAUCAUUAACUGCAACUCGAUCAGCUAUAUCCACCUGUCACCGAUCAGCUUAUUCAGCCUAUUCAGCAAGAACACCUCGAAUAGGUUAUAAGGCAUUUACACCUGUUGGUGCGGGUCGUGCACCUCAUACACCUCAUACAAGGAGGAGAGGUACCCCGCAUACACCAUGUAACGCUACUACUGCCACUAGAAGAGGCACGCCAAGAUAUCCCUAUGACUAUAGGGCUGCAUCUGGCAACAGGAGUAGAUGUGGAAAUGAUACACCGAGAUACACCACUUUCGGUCAAUUACAAAGGGAGGUACCUCAUCAAACGGGAAGAUAUCAAACGAAUCUGAUCCAACAUCAACCAUAUUCUGCAAUAUCUUUCAGAAUACCCAGUCCACCUUUAAGUGGGAUGAUCAAAUCUGCUCAUUCAAUUACGAGUGCGUACAAAUAUCAACGAAAGAAGAGGUUUGGCUUGGGUUUGUCGGUGAACUUGAAUCUUAAUUUGAAAUUGGGUAAUAGAAAUUAUACGUUUGGAAACGUAAAUGUAGGGAAAGGUAAGGUGAAGAGACCUAGGAGUGGGAGGAAGAUGGGUUUCGGAGGAUGGGAACUGCGAUGA